AGCAUUAUUUUCCGGCCCGAAAGAUCUUGGGGUCUUACUAGAGUAGUUAAUUAAGGUAAAGCAACCAAUACCGACACUCUUAUUAUGCAUUCAGCGCCUCCUCCUCCUCACGUGGUAUGAUGGUAUCUAAUGAUUCUUCCUCUCCAAGUCUCCAUUUCUUUCUUUCAUCCUACACUGCCUUUGAUCCCUCCUCUCUAACUUAAAUCUAAACAGCAGCCGUCCGAUUAGAUCUAUCCACACUCCCAAUUCCCAACCAACAUCUAUCAUCACAUCAUCAUCAAUCGUCAGCUCUGCACUUUCUCCUUCACCCACUCUGCCAUUUCCAGAUCUGUACUUCCUCUUUCUGUCUCUCUAUUCUCUCUGCUCUGCGGCAAAGAGGUGAGAGAGAGAGAGAUUAGAGAAGCCAUAUUGUUUCCACUUUUGCCGUUGUGAAGCCGGUGCCAGAGGCCAUGGUUGAAGCACAAACAUGGACGACGAGGCGGAUGAGCAACCCGAGACUAGAGUCCGAGCAGGUGCUCGACAUUCCGGCGACCCCAACCGGCGACGUACGGAACCAGAACAGCGGCAUUGGGAGUUCGUUGUCUCCUAACCUAUUGACGGCCCUGAUCAUCGCAUCAUGGUACUUCUCCAACAUCGGAGUCCUCCUCCUCAAUAAGUACCUGCUAAGUUACUACGGUUAUCGUUACCCCAUCUUCCUUACCAUGAUCCACAUGCUAUCCUGCGCCGCCUACAGCUUCAUCGCCAUCCACUGGUUGGAGCUCGUCCCCUUCCAGCACAUCGUCUCUCGUCGUCAGUUCCUCAAGAUCGCUGCUCUCAGUGCAAUCUUCUGCUUCUCCGUCGUCUGCGGAAACACUUCUCUUCGUUACCUUCCCGUCUCCUUCAACCAAGCUAUCGGCGCCACCACCCCUUUCUUUACUGCCGUUUUUGCUUUCAUCAUUACCUGUAAGAAGGAAUCGGCGGAAGUCUACCUUGCUCUGUUGCCCGUCGUUUUCGGUAUCGUUUUGGCUAGCAAUAGCGAACCAUUGUUCCAUCUGUUCGGCUUCUUGAUCUGUGUGGGAUCAACCGCCGGCCGAGCUUUGAAAUCGGUGGUUCAGGGGAUACUUUUGACAUCGGAGGCGGAGAAGCUUCAUUCCAUGAAUUUGCUUCUGUACAUGGCUCCUAUGGCUGCUUUGAUUUUGCUCCCGUUUACCCUUUACAUCGAGGGCAAUGUAACGGUGGUUACUCUAGAGAAGGCUAGACAUGAUUCUUUUAUUAUAUUCCUUCUUUUGGGGAAUGCCACUGUCGCCUAUUUGGUGAAUUUGACAAAUUUCUUGGUCACGAAGCAUACCAGUGCAUUGACGCUUCAGGUGCUAGGGAAUGCGAAAGCUGCCGUCGCGGCCGUUGUUUCAGUGUUGAUCUUUAGAAAUCCGGUGACGGUAAUGGGGAUGACGGGAUUUGCCGUCACAAUUAUGGGGGUUGUGCUUUACAGCGAAGCAAAGAAGAGAUCCAAAGCUACAGCUCAUUAAAUUUAUCCAUUACUAGCCAGGUAUGCCGGAGGCGCUUUUCCCCAUCUUGUGCUUUAUGGCUUUUUCCCUUUGUCCUUCAAAUUCAUCAAUUACAGACCACAGCUAAAAAGACAGAGAAAGAUCGAACCGAAUCUAAUCGAAUCGACUGUAUAGGGUGAACAGUGGAGUAAAGAAAAGCGAUCUCUUCCAUUUCCUUAUUUUUCCUUUAUUCUCUGAUCCUGAUGGGGGUGGUGAGAAUUGAACAAAGAAAUUCUCUUUUCCACUCGCUUCUAUAUGUAAUUCUUACAUGUUGGUUCUUGCGGCAAGAACACAGAUGAUUGAUUGGGAUUCUUUUGGGUGUUCUGUAGCCUUGUGGCAGGGAGAAGUAAAUGCUAAGCAAUAUCUUCUCCCAGUUCAUCAAACUUGAGAGCACCCUUCCCUCCUGUUGUUUGAACUCUGUUAUUUUUAUGUUUUCCCAAUAUUUUGUUCCAUCUUAAUUAUAUAAUAUUAAGAAGAUGUAUUGUUUUUGGUAUUCUUUGAAAGUCAA